CGACUUGCACAAAUUGCGCAAAACGUGGACUUCGCUGUGCUUUUGUUAUACCAAUUAAAAAGAGGGGGCCAAAACCAAGAUCACGUUUAUUACGUAAAGACCAUCAACCUUUUCUUUCUGGUCCAAAGCCAAAAUCGCAAUUAUUGCAUGAAGAUCACCAAUUUUUCUAUGAGUUAAAUUCAAAAACACAGUUAUUACAUAACCAUCAGUUUUUUCUUUCUGCUCCAAUAUUUUCCCCACAAUAG